AUGGCGACAGCUGGAGUGAAGCGCUCGUUUGUAGCCAUGGCCAUGAACGAUGACGGCCAAGACGAGGACCGCCACGGCCAUCACCACCGCCGCUCAACCCGACUCGAGGACUCUACAAAUCUCGUCCGCGUCGACGCUCGCAAUACCCAUUCUGCCUCCCCCAGUCAGCCCCAGAGCCCGAGGACCAACAGCAGCAGGCACUCGAUGGCUGCUUGUUCGAGGCCGGAGACCCCAGUGACGAGGCCGGCGACCCCAAUCACAUAUCUGCCUGCUGAGGUGCCUCCCUUCUCUGUCGAUGCCUCCAUUGUCCUCGCCGGCAUCCGCGGUGCCGGGAAGUCGACACUCGCCAUCAUUGCCUCAACCGCCAUGGACCGCCGCGCUGUCGACUGCGAGAAGGUCUUCCAGCAGGUCACCGGCCUGACCAGCUUCGCCUACAAAAGAGCUCACGGAUCUGCCGAGUGCCACCGCCGCCAGACAGACGUGCUUCGAGACUUGCUCGACCAGAGCUCCAAGAACACCCUGAUCGUCUGUAGUUGGAUGGAGCGCGGCGUGCAGACCCUCUUGCGCGACUUCUGCCGUACCCAUCCAGUCGUACACGUCGUGCGCGAGGUCAAGGCUAUCCAGGAACAUCUAAAGAUCGACGACGAAGACAAAGCAAGGAACCUGCUGGCAGCGAGUAGUACCAUCUUCCGCACGUGCAGCAACCUCGAGUUCUUCAACGUCUCCGAAACCGCCGGCCCUUGGGUAGAGACCGACGCCGCGAGGAUCGAGGCCCAGGCCGGCGGCCAGAAACCCCCCGCCCCCUACUUGACCCUGAAGCGUGCAGAGAGGCACUUCUUGAAGUUCCUCAGCCUCAUCAUGCCCACGGGCUCUAUUCCCUUCAUCGAGUCUGCCUUCCCGCUGGCCUCCAUACCCACCGAGGACCGACGCUUCACGUACGCUACCUCGGUUUCCCUUUCCAGCCUUCUGAACAAUGAGCUUGCCAUUGAGGAGCUCGAGACCGGCGCCGAUGCCAUAGAGAUUGUCGUCGACCGUAUCUCCGGCGCCACCUCACUCGACUCGGAGAGGGCCGCAGACAUAGCGAGGACCAUCGGCUCCAUAAGGAGGAGCACCGUCAUCCCUCUGAUAUACCACGUCGUCCUUCCUGGUUCUUCAGAGUCGCUUUGCAUGGACUACAUCCUCCACGGCCUGCGACUCUCCCCCGAGUACCUGACUGUCGAUCUCCGGCUGUCGGACUAUCAGCUGUCGCAUAUAAUCUCGAUGAAGAGGCGCUCCAAGGUCAUCGGCCAUCUGGCGCCCGCUGCCGACUCCCCUUCUUGGGGAGACCCGUUCUGGACGUCACAUUAUCACCGGGCCUGCCGCUUGGGGUGCGACCUGGUACGGCUCAUCAAGCCGGUAACCUCGGUCAAGGACAACUUCGACGUCAACCACCUCAAGGCCCUUGUGGAUGCCUCAACUGGGCACAAGGUACCCCUCAUCGCCUACAACUCCGGCCCGCGCGGAAGGCACUCGGCAGCCAUGAACCAAGUUCUGACCAGCGUGGUGCCCGAGAUCAUGGCAUCAACAUACAACCCCAAUCAACCAUGCUUGACGGCGGCCCAAGCUACCGAGGCGCUCUACAACUCGUUCCUCUUCGACCCCAUGAAGAUGUACGUCUUCGGCGCCCACGUCUCAUACAGUCUGUCGCCGGCCAUGCACAAUGCCGCCCUCAAGGCUUGUGGUAUCCCGCACCUCUACCGACCAUUCUCAACCCCUUCGCUCAAUGGGCUCCGAGAGCUCAUCGAGGAUCCCUACUUCGCAGGCGCCAGUGUCGGCUUGCCCUUCAAGGUGGAAAUCAUCACCCUCACGCACUCCCUCAGCCGGCACGCCCAGGCCAUCGGCGCCGUCAACACCCUUGUGCCUGUUCGCCGGUUGAACCCCGACGGAACCAUCCCGGAAGACGAGAAGCUAUUCAACUGCAGGAACCAUGCUGGACCGGUGAGGGCUUUGUACGGGGAGAACACGGAUUGGAUUGGCAUCCGCGCCUGUCUGAGAAGAGGACUUUCCCCUGCGAACGCCGUCCGACCGACAAGCUGCGGCCUCAUCAUCGGCGCCGGCGGUAUGGCCCGCGCUGCGACCUACAGCAUGUUGCAGCUCGGCGUCAAAAACAUUGUCGUCUACAACCGGACGACGGCAAACGCGGAGAAGAUGGUCAGCCACUUCACGCGCCUCUUGAAACGGCACGACCUGCCGCUCCUCAGCGCAUCUUCAGACGUGGAGACUAGAUUCCAUAUCGUCCGGUCACUGGAAGAGCCGUGGCCCGAGGACUUCAGGCUGCCGACCAUGAUCGUCUCCUGCAUCCCUACCCAUAGCAUAGGCGACGUUCCAGCACCCGACUUCGUGGCCCCUCAGGCUUGGCUCGGCAGCCCGACCGGCGGCUGUCUCGUCGAGUUGGCCUACAAGACGCUCGACACGCCGAUCCUAAACCAGGCGCGGCAGGUAUCACAUCGGGGCUGGGUAACGAUGGAUGGCUUGGACCUGCUGCCCGAACAGGGCUUUGCUCAGUUCGAGCUCUUUACCGGAAGACGAGCACCACGCAGGCUGAUGCGCGGCGAGGUUUUCCGCGCUUAUCCGAACGGACAAGACCGCUCUGCGCUGGCACAGCUACAGCCGCGACUGAAGAACAUUGUCGAGCAGGAGCCAUGA